UUGCAAGUUGUAUGAAUCAGUAUCAAUACGGAUCUCGUUUAAAACGAAGCAAUAGUUUAGUGUAAUAGUUACUCUCCAACAGCUCAACAAUGCGCAUGUUUGUUUUUCCUUGUCUCGCCUUGUGCGUGGCAAUGGUCAGCUGUGCUGAAGAAGUUGCCUCUGCCUCAGCCACUGCUGCUGCUGCUGCCAAAGAAAGCAAAGAUGAUAAAGUCGUAGAAAAGCGUGGCCUACAUCUGGGAGAUUAUGGACAUUCAUACGGACAUUCAUAUGGGCAUCAUGAACACCAUGAACACAUCAAGACCGUUACCAUUGAAAAGAAGGUUCCCGUACCCUAUGAGGUGGUAAAACACAUCCCCUAUACCGUGGAAAAGAAGGUACCCUAUGAAGUGAAGGUACCCGUGCCAGAACCCUACAUUGUGGAAAAGAAGGUACCCGUUCAUGUCAAGGAAUAUGUCAAAGUUCCGGUACACAAACCCGUACCCUAUACCGUUGAAAAGAAAGUGCCCUAUGAAGUCAAAUAUCCCGUUGACAAGCCCUAUGAAGUCAAGGUUCCAGUGCCACAACCCUACGAAGUUGUCAAGAAAAUCCCCUAUGAAGUGAAAGUACCCGUACCCCAACCCUACGAAGUCAUCAAAAAGGUACCCUAUGAAGUUAAGGUUGAAGUACCCGUACCCAAGCCCUACGAAGUCAUCAAGAAGGUUCCCUAUGAGGUCAAGGUACCUGUAGAGAAACCCUAUCCCGUCGAAGUACCCAAACCCUAUCCCGUUGAAGUUGAGAAACCCUAUGAAGUCAUUGUGGAGAAGAAGGUGCCAUAUGAAGUCAAAUACCCCGUAGACAAGCCAUACAAGGUGGAGGUUGAAAAACCCUACCCCGUACAUGUCAAAGUACCCGUGCCCCAACCCUACACCGUGGAAAAGAAGGUCCACUACACUGUGGAGAAACCUAUACCCUAUGAAGUCAAGGUACCCAUUGAGAAACCCUACCCCGUCUAUUCGGAGGUGAAAGUUCCUCUGCACAAGGAAAUCCCCAUUCCCGAAAAAUACCACGUUGAAGUGCCCGUUUUCGAGAAGCACGAGGGUGGACACGGUUACUCGCACUACUCACAUCAUCACUAAGGAUUAAGGAUUGAUGUAACUUCAUAACGGCUUUAUAGCGUUAAGACCAUAACUAAAACAAAUCCCAAAACCAAACCCCCAAUAUAGCAACAACAACAAACUACAAAUUCCGACAACAUCAUCUAACAAAUUCCAAAGCACAGAAAGCGAUUACAAGCGAAAAACGACACUAAAUUGUUUGCAAUUUAAACAUCCAAGAUGCAAAUGAAUCAAGCACGCAAAGUUGAGCUGGACGGACAAUGGAGAAGUAGAAGAAGAAGACGAAGACGAAGGAGGAGGAGCAUACCACGAGACAAUCCAUAUUGAGAAGAC